AUGAUAAUGUAUGACGCCAUUCGUAAUGCAACAGAACCAAUUGACGUCUUGGUGGUCAGGUUUAGGUAAUAAUUAAUGUUCUUUAUAUCUGUCUUUCUCCUUCUUCCUUCACCCUCUCUUUUCACUUAUCUUCUUUUUUUCCCCCUAUCUUAUCCCUUACCCUAUAUUUUUCUCUUUAUACCCUUCCUAUGGCACCAACUCCACUCCACUUGUUUUGCAAAACUAAAAGACAAAAUCUUACAGUUACGCAUACGUGUUAGAGCAAAUACCACCAAAUUACGACAAAGCGUUGCAAAACUUGCAAACAUUCGUUGGUAACGUGCAAGAGAUCGCUAAUCCAAAACAUCUAGUCAUAUCGUACAAUGAGUAUCAAAAAGCAGAUCUCUUUGAGAAAGUCGUCCGCGAUGUGCUAAAGAACAGCACAGAAUCAUUCGAAUAUGACUUUCGAGUAGGUUUUUUUUAUUUUUGCUGAUUUUUUUAUAUAACACAACGCGCUUCUGGAAAAAUUUUAUGUGUAUUAUUUUAGCCAUUGAACUCUGACAGUAUAUUUAUGAAUCAGGUUGUCAGUAAAAUAAAAUGUAAAAACUGCAUUAAAGUGAACUUUGCGGAACCACUGUGUAACUAUAUUACGAACAAAUGCAUGUAUGCGCUACCAAAUGGACUCGCAAUCUACCGUGACUUUAUUCACACGACUGCUUUUGGUUCACUGUAUCUAGCUGACGUGUUGGAAAAUCAAUUGAAAAUCAACAAUAUUAUUUAA